CUUGCGCAUGCGCACAGCCACCAAAUUCAUAUCACCGACAAAUAAAACCAACACAAAAAUCUGUUGUGAGUACGAAGUAACGAUAAAUUUAUAAAUUUAAUAAAUACUCAAUUUUUAUAAAUAAAAACUCAUAAAAUAUUUAAAUAAAUUUAAAAUGUCGGGAAAAUCGAAAGCGUUUACAAAAGAAGAAGAACUUUUGCUUCAAGAUUUUUCGCGUAAUGUAUCAACCAAAUCAUCAGCAUUGUUUUAUGGCAAUGCAUUUAUUGUAUCAGCAAUUCCUAUCUGGUUGUUCUGGAGAAUUCAUUUAAUUGAUUUGUAUUCAAAUGCUAUUUCAUUUGUAUUGGUGACAUUAAUCAGUACAUAUUUAAUGUCACUGGCAUACAAAAAUACUAAAUUUAUUUUAAAACAUAAGAUUGCAGUAAAAAGAGAAGAUGCUGUGACACGUGACAUGAGUAAAACUUUAGCUGAAGACAAAAAAAUGAGCAAAAAAGAAAAAGAUGAAAGAAUAUUAUGGAAGAAAAAUGAAGUCGCCGAUUACGAAGCAACAACUUUCUCAUUAUUUUACAACAACGCACUUUUCUUGGCAAUUGUUAUUCUGUUAUCUUUCUAUAUCUUAAAAACAUUUACACCAGCAUUCAAUUACAUUUUGUCUGUCGGUGGUACGAGUGCCCUACUGGCUCUUCUGUCAACUGGAUCCCAGUAAUGAGUUAAAUUAUUUAUUUAAAAAAAUUAAAUUAAUUGAUCUUUCUAUUGAAAUUGUAAAAUUUUUUUAUAAUAAAUAAUUGUAUUGUUUAUAAAAAAAAGUUUCUUAAUUGCAACCAAUUACGUAAGAGUACAAAAAAG